AUGAUGGCUACAGGGAAAGACUCUGUUAAAGUUGUGGGUGUAGAAAAACAUAAAAAUGGGAAGGUGUUGUGUAAAAAGAAGAAUGAGAGUGGAACUGGAUUUUGGUUCAGAAUCAAACUCAUGUUUAGUUGCAUCUCUUCUAGAUCAAAAGUUGAUAGUUCCAUGAAUGCCACUCCAAUUAUUGAAUCUAAGACAGUUAUUGAGAAACUUGAAGUCCAUUCUCCUCCAUCUAAAGAUGUUACAUGUCCUGAGAAUGGUUCCACAACACCUCUAAUCAGUGGGGAACUGAAGUAUUCAUCUAAGCUACGGAUAUUCAUGUUUAACGAUCUCAAGUUAGCCACUAGGAACUUCAGACCAGAGUCUCUUCUUGGUGAAGGUGGGUUUGGAUGUGUUUUCAAAGGAUGGAUUGAGGAAAAUGGAACCGCUCCGGUCAAGCCUGGUACUGGUCUAACCGUAGCUGUCAAAACAUUGAACCCAGAUGGCCUUCAAGGUCACAAGGAGUGGCUGGCUGAGAUUAACUUUCUUGGAAACCUUGUUCACCCAAGCUUGGUUAAACUGGUGGGAUAUUGCAUGGAAGAUGAUCAAAGGCUGCUCGUUUACGAGUUUAUGCCUCGUGGGAGCUUGGAGAAUCAUCUCUUCAGAAGGACAUUACCUCUCCCUUGGUCUGUGAGAAUGAAAAUCGCCCUUGGUGCAGCUAAAGGUCUUGCCUUCCUUCAUGAGGAAGCUGAGAAGCCUGUCAUUUACCGCGAUUUCAAAACAUCUAACAUUUUACUAGACGCGGACUAUAAUGCAAAGCUCUCUGACUUUGGGCUUGCUAAAGAUGCUCCAGACGAGAAAAAAUCACAUGUAUCAACCAGAGUCAUGGGAACAUAUGGUUAUGCAGCUCCUGAAUAUGUAAUGACAGGACAUUUGUCUACAAAGAGUGAUGUAUACAGCUUUGGAGUAGUGUUACUCGAGAUACUAACAGGACGAAGAGCAGUGGAUAAAACCCGUCCCAAUGGUGAACAAAACUUGGUAGAAUGUGCUAAACCUCAUCUUUUAGACAAGAAGAGGUUUUACAGGCUGUUAGAUCCUCGCUUAGAAGGUCACUACUCGAUCAAGGGAGCUCAGAAGGCUACACAAGUAGCGGCGCAGUGUUUGAACCGUGACUGUAAAGCUAGACCAAAGAUGAGUGAAGUUGUUGAAGCUUUGAAGGCGUUACCAAGUCUUAAGGAUUUUGCUAGCUCAUCUUCUUCUUUCAAAAGUAUGAUGCCUGUUGGAAAGAACGGUGUUAGAACACAAGGAUCGAGGAAUGGAGUGCCUUUGAGGAGUUUGUCUAGUUUAAACUUGCCUCAAGGUUCGCCUUAUGCUCGUCAAUCACCAAAGCCUAAAGGGAAAGAGGCAUGA